GCGCUCGUUCGUCCGCGACCGAUUCGCGACCUGUGCUGCAGCGACGGUGCCCCCCCGGCGAUUUCCACGGCGAAGCUCGGCCACGCCACGUGUAGUCCACGGCGGGGACGGCGCCCGGUCCUCAAAUCGUACCCGGAAGUAUGCCUGAACGAGGGUCGGGAGCGAGCUGCAUUAGCCGGAACGUAGGUUAAAGCGCGGGGUGACCGUCGGUGGAGAGCGCCGAUCGACUUGGCGCGCGAUGGACGUGGAGAAGAUUGCGAUGUUCGCCGGCGUCGGCUUCGCCAUCGCCGUCGGCCUCUUCGUCCUCUGGGGCCCGUCGCCCAAGCCCAGGAAAAAAGGUCAAGUUGUCGGGAUCAACAAUUUGGGAUACACGUGUUUCCUGAAUUCCCUCUUGCAAGCGCUGGCUGCUUGCCCCGCGUUUAUCAUCUGGCUUCAGAGACACCACGGGAAGAAGGAUAGAAACUUUGCCGACACGCUGCUUUCCGUUCUCAAAAAAAUCAACGGGUUUGCGGACGACCUGUACGGCAACGUGACGCCCGUCGAGGUCAUCUCUUCCGUCGGCUCGUUGUGGAAUUUCGGGCCUGGUCAUCAAGACGCCCACGAGCUGUUCCACGUGGUCCUCAGCGCUUUAGAUGCUGAAGCGCAACCAGCGAAUAGGAAAGGCUGCCUGUCCGAUGCACUGCCACCAAGUCCGAUUAUCAAGCCGGACGCACGAGGGACGGGCGACAACCUGAAUCUCAGAAGCGCCUCCUGCAACGACAUCGCGUCGGCGAAGAACAAUUCUGACAAUCCGAAGGGCUUCGACAAGAACUGCAACAAUCAGAUGAUGACCUCGACCUCGUCCGUAGCUAAUGUGUCCCCGAGCACGUGCAAACCCGGCAUGAUACUCGCCAGAUCCUCGGAGAUACUGUCGCGAGGCAUUCAAAGCAACGGCGACUGCACGAGCCUCUUCAGAUCGUGGAAGUCUUUGUGCGCUAUGCCGUUCAGUAACAUUCCCUCGGUGUCGGUGGAGACGCAUCCGUUCUCGGGUCUGAUCACAAGCCAAAUUCAGUGCGGUGACUGUUUCUGGAAGUCUUCAGUGCAUUACGAUAAGCUUGAAACCUUAUCACUACCGCUACCGCCGCUCACUUCGUCGUUCGUGCCGCAGCAUCACACUUUAGAGUGGCUGCUGUCGCGCUUCGUAGACAGUGAAAUUGUGCGCGACGUGCAAUGCGAUGGAUGCUCGUCGCGUUGCACCGCCAUCAAGACUCUCACUCUCGGUAAACUGCCCAAGUGUUUGUGCUUGCACAUCCCAAGGACCACAUGGAGCUCCUCGGGCAUGCCAAUUAAAAGGGACGAUCAGAUCACGUUCCCCGAAUUUCUGGUGCUAGAUCCCUACACUUAUACGGAGACGAAAAAGAGAAGCGCGCAGGGCGACGCAAAGUUUCUCGGUAACAGUUUCAUGACGAUACAGGGUAAACACAAGUACCGGCUGUGCGCGGUGAUCGAGCACCGCGGUCCGGUGGAUUCCGGCCACUUCGUAUGCUUCAGACGCGGAAACAAGGCGGAUCAAUGGCUGUACACGUCCGACGUCAUCGUCGAGAGCGUGUCGCUUACGCAGGUGCUGCUUGCCAGCCCGUACCUGCUGUUUUACGAGCGCAUCAACAGCGUUUAUCCUAGCUAGGAACAAAUUUUCAAAGUGAUAGGCAAUCUAUAAGAAUUACGAAAUGACGCGCUGAUUGAUAACCGAUCCCGCGCUCUUUUUAGCCAUGCUUUCUCCCUUACGCUUUCAAAGCAAUGCAGUCGUGUGCAAUUAUGCAACGGAAAUCCAUGGGAAUGGGUAGAGUUGCAGGGUGUUAUGAAUGAGGAGUUAUAAGCGUAGAAAACACAGCUAGAAAGAACGGAGGAUCUGCGAAAUACAAGAGACUGUCGAAUUUUCCAUAAUGAGUUUAGUAUCGUUCGAUGUUGCGCGAUAAUCCUUUGUUACAACAUGCGAGGCGUGUGUCCCUAAGUGAUAUUUUAAAGCAGCAGCAAAAUGUAUCGAGUAACAUAAUCUGAAAAUCAGAUGUAUUUCAUUCGCGACGGGCGCGUCAAUAAUUGCCAUUAUUAGACGCCGACAAGUAAUGCCGGAACGUUCCGGUUUCGUGAAACAAAAAAUUUCUUGCUUCUGUAACACGUAGUGAUGGUAGAAUUUCUACAAAGAGAGACUGUUAAUUCUCACAUAAAUCCUUUGAUUUGGUCAGUUCAUUAAAUCUUAAUUUUAACAAGGACUAAGAUCGUGCCAAUAACGAAUCCUUCGAGUUAAAUUUAUUAAGGGGGAUAAGCGAGAGAUGAUCUUGUAUUUUUUAUUACGUUUUAUAUUUGGAGCUUUUUGAGCUCCUCGCGCGUAUAGUGCAAUUGCAAAUACUAUUAUCGAAGACUGCGAAUUUAUUUGUAUAUAUUAAAGAGUCCUUUCCUUUUUCUCUGGUGGGCAUAAAGGAAUAUGCCAAUUACCAGGAUGAAUUUACUUUAAGGACAUUAGGUACGUAAUCGAGUAAUUUAAAGUCUUAUGAAAUGCAUAUUAAAGUGAAAUAAAAUUUAGACUGCAGGAACCGGACAUACUUCGUCAACAGUGGUGGCCUUUCUCCCUUUCAUAAUUUAAUUUUGUCUGAAACAAUACGUUUUACUAAGGUGGUUUCGAUCGAGCUUCUUAAGUUGUGAAUUCUUUACGUUCUUUGUUUUACGUUUUUUAAGUAGUAUACAUAUAUCAAGCAUGAAUGUACUUUAUAUCAAAUAUAUGCCGACUGGAUUAUUACACUCUA